CUUAGAAAUCAAAAUUGUAUUUUUCCUGUAUUAUUUUAAUAUUUUAUUUGUAUAUAUUGUUAAUUAUUUCCCCCGGGACUUUUAUUUUGAAAUCGCGAUCUGAUAGCGCUGAAGUGCGCAUGUUCUAGAACGGGCAGAAACGAGAGAGAGACAAAGAUGACGCAGCACAGCUCAUAUAUGCGAUCUUUUAACAGUUUAUUCUUGGAAAACAUUUGACUUUUUACAGUAAAGAAUAAUAACCAAGAAAAGUACGCCUUGGGACUUUAUUCUAAAUGUUCACUAUCUGUCUAAUGGAGCACAGUCACGUGCUAUAAGGGCAGAAUAGUAAAAAGUCAACAUCACAGCGGAAUAAGCUUAACAAGAUCACUGCAUGAACAGCUCAUGAUACUGCGGUCUUCUAAGACAGUUCCUCCCCCUGAAGAUAAAGUGCAACGCACAAUGGAGCAACAACAAGGAGCAAGCUAUCAACCAACUGAGGAAGGGGAGCAUAUAAAGACGUUCACAGAGCCUCUUCAGCAGAUUGAAAUACGAUCUCGAUCUUCCAGGUCAUCAUCAAAAAGAUCAAGCACAAGCUCAGCAGCCAUGAGAGCCCGAGCAAAAGCAGUUGCAGCACGCGCUCAAAUUGCCUAUGCAGAAAAAGAAGCAAAUAUGAUAAAACAAAAAGCGGAACUUGAAGCAAGUAUGUUGAAACAAAAAGCAGACUUGGAGGCAAGUCUACACAUCUUACAAGUGGAACGUGCAGCAGCAGUCGCUUCAGCUGAAGCAGCAGCAUAUGAGGAAGAAGAGGAAGAGCUUGAAAGUGGCAAACUUCAUGUAAAAUCAGUUCCUGACAUGCAGCCAGUCAAUGUUGCUCAGCGGACCUGUGAGUAUGUACAACAGCACUCAAGAGAAUCUUUCACAGAACACCCAUUCAAUGAUGAGCCCGUAGAAACCAAAGUUAAGCCACCAUUGACUUCAGUUGUGGCUGGUGUUGAUUAUACCCUGCUGGCGCCACCUAGUGCAGAUAUAGAUCAUCAGCGUCUCUUAAGCCAAAAGAAUGGUGCUGUAAAGAAAGAAACAAAAAAUGAGAAUGAUGUGAAACGAACAUCAUUUCAUCAUUCUUCACAAUAUGUACCAGAGACACAAGUUCCAUCAGAUCUAACUAAAUAUCUGAUUAGACGUGAAAUGGUCAGCUCUGGUCUUCUGAAAUUUGAUGAUUGCCCAGAGAACUAUUGGGCAUGGAAAGCUUCUUUUGUUAACUCAACUAAUGAUCUGAAUCUAACAGCCAGAGAGGAGUUGGAUUUGAUGGUGAAGUGGCUAGGAAAAGAUUCCUCUGAACAAGUAAAAAGAAUAAGAUCUGUGCAUGUUCUUAAUGCAACAGCAGCAAUUAGUAUGGCUUGGCAGCGCUUAGAGGAGUGCUAUGGAGCACCUGAAGUGAUUGAAAACGCACUUCUAAAGAAAAUUGAGAAUCUACCGAAAUUGUCAAACAAGGACAACCAAAAAUUGAGAGAGUUAGGAGAUAUUCUUCAUGAACUGGAGUGUGCAAAGGCUGAUGGGUACCUUCCGGGUCUUGCCUAUCUUGAUACUCCACGUGGGGUUAAUCCAAUAGUGGAGAAAUUGCCCACAAGCCUCCAAGACAAGUGGAUAGUUCAGGGGUCCAAAUAUAAGGAGGACCAUCAAGUAGCAUUCCCACCCUUUGUCUUUUUCUCACAAUUUGUGAGAACUCAAGCUAAGAUAAGGAAUGAUCCCAGUUUCACAUUUUCCACCUCUAGUAAUCAAUUAGCAUCAAGCAGAGCCGAACCUAACAAAUUCAGCGGAAAGAGUGCUAUAUCUGUACAUCGAACAGAGGUGCUAUCUCAGACGUUAGACCAGCAGUAUAACCAGCCUCAGAAACGAAUUGAAAGCCCUGAUCGACUAUGUCCUAUUCACCGCAAACCUCACCCUCUCAAAAAGUGUAGAGCCUUUAGAGAGAAAUCAAUAGAGGAGCGCAAAUCCUUUCUAAAAGAAAAUCAUAUCUGCUUCAGAUGCUGUGACUCUACCAAACACAUUGCGAAAAAUUGCAGAACUUCAAUCAGAUGCUCUGAAUGUAACAGCGAACGACAUGUUGUGGCUUUGCACCCAGAUUCAACAGUCUUGAUUUCAGAAAAGCCUGUCAAGGAGAAAGAACAAUGCGGGGAGCAGACUGAUAGCUCACUCACCUCAGUUACUUCAAAAUGCACAGAGAUAUGUGGUGAGUCCAGUCAUGCAAGAUCAUGUUCUAAAAUUUGUCUGGUGACAGUGUAUCCUGCUGGCAAAAGAGAGAAAGCAGUCCGGGUUUAUGCUGUCUUGGAUGAACAAAGUAACAGAUCUUUAGCCAAGACAGAGUUUUUUAAUCUUUUCGAGAUCAAAGCCAGCUUUUCCCCAUACACUAUUAAGACCUGUGCUGGGGUAAAUCAGACUUCUGGACGGAGAGCCAUCAACUUUAUGAUAGAGUCGAUAGACGGACGAACAAAACUCUCACUGCCAACCUUAAUCGAGUGUGAUAUGCUGCCGGAUGAUAGAACAGAGAUUCCCUCUCCAGAGGUUGCUCAGCAUUAUCUGCACUUAAGGCCAGUUGCAAAUCAAAUCCCUGCAGUUGAUCCCGAUGCUCCUAUUCUCUUACUUUUAGGAAGAGACAUUCUGAGGCUGCACAAAGUUAGAGAGCAAAUAAAUGGACCCAAUGAUGCUCCAUAUGCUCAGCGACUGGAUCUCGGAUGGGUGAUAGUUGGGGAGGUAUGCUUGGGAACAGCGCAUCGCCCUUUGAGUGUGAAUGUCUAUCGAACACAUGUGCUCAGUAACGGUCGCACAUCAUAUCUCACUCCUUGUCCAAAACAGAUUCAGGUGAAGGAAUGUGUAGAUGGAACACCAAAGCAACACUACAUGUUACCAGAUAACAAUGGGAAAUCAAGUUUAAGGAAAACAACCGAUAACUUAGGCUGUGCAGUGUUCCAAACAACGCAAGACGAUGACAAACCUGGUCUUUCUGUGGAAGACAAAACUUUUCUAGAAAUCAUGGGCCGUGAUGUCUUCCAAGAUUCUGCAAAUAGCUGGGUUGCACCAUUACCUUUUCGCUCUCCAAGGUCUCGAUUGCCAAAUAACAGAGAUCAGGCUAUGAAACGCCUCAUAUCACUGCGCAGAACUCUAGAUAAAAAACCUAAGAUGAAAGAUCAGUUCAUUGAGUUCAUGCAAAAACUUUUUGACAAUGACCACGCAGAGAAUGCUCCUUCUAUAGACAAAGAAAAAGAGAGCUGGUACCUUCCUAUGUUUGGUGUGUACCACCCGCAAAAACCUGAUCAAAUCAGGGUUGUGUUUGACUCGAGUGCAGAGUUUGAAGGCAUGUCACUUAACAAGGUAUUACUCAGUGGGCCUGAUUUAAACAACACACUCCUUGGGGUUCUUAUGAGGUUCCGCAAAGAGAGCAUUGCAGUGACAGCGGAUGUACAGCAGAUGUUUUAUUGUUUUGUUGUAAGUGAAGACCACAGAGAUUAUUUACGGUUUUUGUGGUAUGAAGACAACAACCUAGACAAAAGGAUAACUGAGUACAGGAUGAAAGUCCAUGUAUUUGGAAACAGUCCUUCACCUGCUGUGGCAAUUUACUGCAUGCGAUGUGCUGCUCUGCAAGGAGAAAACGAUCAUGGCUCUGAUGCAAAGCACUUUGUGGUGAGAAAUUUUUAUGUUGACGAUGGACUGACUUCAGUUUCCACUCCUGAGGAAGCCAUUGAUCUCUUUAGAAACACACAAAAAAUGCUUGCAGAGUCAAAUCUUAGAUUACACAAAAUUGCAUCUAAUAGCAAAACAGUUAUGGAAGCAUUUCCCAAAGAGGAUCAUGCCAAAGACUUGAAGGACUUAGACCUAGGAGUUGAUGAUUUGCCUGUCCAACACAGCCUGGGUCUCUCUUGGAACCUGGAGACUGAUAGCUUUAACUUCCAAGUGAAUCAAGAAGAGAAGCCAUUUACGAAAAGGGGUGUUUUAUCCACAGUGAAUAGUCUAUACGACCCACUUGGAUUUCUUGCUCCGGUUGUAGUCCAAGGAAAAGCUUUGCUCAGAGAACUUUCUUCUGAACAAAGUGACUGGGAUGCACCUCUUUCAACUGAAAGACAAGCAGAGUGGAACGAAUGGAGAUGUUCUCUAAAGACGUUGGAAAAUUUGCAGAUUAAGAGACCGUAUGUACCUGUUCCACUGUCUGCCACACAAAGGAAGGAAUUAUGCUUCUUUUCGGAUGCCUCCACAGUUGCAAUAGGAGCAGUGGCUUACCUUAGGGUAAUUGACGCUGAUAACCAAUGUCAAGUUGGGUUUGUCUUAGGGAAAGCAAAGUUAGCCCCUCGUCCAGCUCACACCAUGCCUCGCCUGGAAUUGUGUGCGGCUGUGCUAGCAGUAGAAAUGUAUGAAAUUAUCAGGGAUGAGAUUGAUGAGGAAAUAGACUCAGUCAGGUUCUUCACGGAUAGCAGGAUAGUCUUAGGAUAUAUCUAUAAUGUCACCAAGAGAUUUUAUGUAUAUGUAGCAAAUAGGGUAGCUCGGAUAAGGAAAUCAACACAUCCUGGACAGUGGUGUUAUGUGAAUACCAACAACAACCCAGCAGACCUUGCCACCAGAGCUGUAUCAGCAGAACGUUUGCAGUACACAUGUUGGUUUUCUGGACCACAAUUUCUACUCCAGAGCAAUGCCCAAGAAUCGGCUGAGACUUUUGAAUUGGUGGAACCUGAUGCUGAAAUUCGACCUGACAUUUCAGUCCUGGCAACAAAGAUUUCUGCAGCUCAGUUAAGCUCUCAUAGAUUUGAGAGGUUCUCUAACUGGAAGACUCUCUGUAAGUCAAUAGCUUUUAAUUGCUAUUUUUUACAGUAA